AUGAAACAUAAUGGAUUACCUGGGCAGCUUAAAAUGGACCUCUACAGACGAUUGAAGGUCUUCCCGGUCGUCGCCUUAACAUGGGUAUGCUUAGCUGCAAUAUGCUGUGUUAAACUGACGGAGGCGAGAAUUGGAUAUUUCUGGCACAUAACGGAUUUACAUUUCGAACCGUAUUACACUACCAAGGGAGAUAUUUUUCGAAGCUGCUGGUACAACGAGCACCGUGCCGACACGAACAACGUCAAACGCCCGGGAACCUACGGCGACUACAUGUGCGACAGUCCAUGGAGCCUGCUGGAAUCGGCCACACAAGCGAUGAAAUCCAAGCAGGGCGAUAACGUCGAAUUUGUCCUGUGGACCGGGGAUGGCCUAUCUCACUCGGCCAAACGGUUGCACGAAACGAGCCGGCUCGAGCUGCUGAGAAACAUCACCGAGCUGAUGAGUCGCACCUUUCCGUCGCAGUUCGUCUUUCCGGUGCUUGGCCACGAGGACGGAAGCCCGAAUUUUGUGCAGCUGGGCGAACUGUGGCGCCACUGGUUACCGUCCGAGGCGCUGCAAACGUUUGAGAAAGGCGGCUACUAUACAAUCGAGCAGACCAAGAGCCGUCUGCGGAUAAUAGCUUUAAACACAAACUACAUGCGCCACGACGCUAAAUUUUCGCAGUCGCACUCCUCGGCAGUGAAGCAGCGACCGGACGGAUCGAUUCACUAUACCGGCGGUAUCGAUCACCGGUACGACCGGGACCACCAUAUUGGCCUCGGCAAGCACUACCACCGGGGGGACUACAGUGCGCCCGGUGGCGGUGGCGGCGGCGGACCGGUGGGGAGCGGCGGCUAUCCCAUGUACAGCAGUGAUAGGAGAAAUAGCUAUAGCAGCAGUAGUAUUGUAGAUGGCAGCAGCAGCAGCAGCAGCGGCGGCAGCAGUAGUAGUAGCGGCGGUAGCAACGGUGGCCACGUCAGUGCAUUAUCGGGAUCGGGCAGCCACGAGUCGGAGAAGCAGUGGGAAUGGCUCGAGGAUGUGCUAGCGAAAUCCAGUAGGAAUAAAGAAACUGUGUAUAUAGUAGGACACAUACCACCAGGCUCGGACGAGCGCCAUAUUGGGCACCCGAUGCCGUACGGACACACGAGCUUCACCGAGAAGAACAACCUUCGUUACCUGCGGCUGGUGAAAAAGUACUCGUCGAUUAUUCAGGGCCAGUUUUUCGGCCACCUGCACUCGGACUCGUUCCGUGUCGUCUACAAUGACAAUGGUAAACCGGUCUCGUGGAUUAUGAUCGCUCCGUCGAUAAGCCCGCGAAGGAUGGGCGAGUCGAACAAUCCCGCGAUGAGGUUGUACAAAUUCGACACCGACACCGGACAGGUUCUCGACUAUACGCAGUACUAUUUGGACCUGGCGCAGGCCAACCUGCAGGAGGAAGCGGUGUGGAUACCGGAAUACAACUUGACCACCUACUACUACGGCCUAGGGGAGGUUUCAUCGGUGGCGCUGCACAAUCUGGCCGACCGGUUUACCACCACAGACGAUACGCAGUUUUUGAAAUACUACCGCGCCAACUCGGUCCGCCACUCGACGCAACCCUGCGAGGGUGUCUGCCAGCUCAAUCACUACUGUGCCAUAACGCGGCUGGACUACCGCGACUUCCGCAACUGUCUGGAGUCGGAAGCGAAAGCGAUGGCCUCCAAGAAUGGUGGUGGUCGCACCAUUGCCGGCGGUCUGGCCGGCAUCAUCACUCUGGCGGUCCUAAUUUCGACGCUCAUCGGUGGUGGAUGUGCUGCUAGCACCAUCAGUAUCAGUUGGUGUCCGCUAGUGUUGAUCGGUGCGACCGCAACCACUACUUUGCUGACGAUGGUGGCAGCCGCCGCCGGCGGCGGCCAUGGCACUAACCAGUGCGAACGCUUCCAGGAGUUUCGCGGUUAA